AUGGAUGUGAAUACAGAGCGAUUCCGCUCCAUGCCAUCUAGAACUGCCAGUCGCUCGUCUUCGAGUUACUUCCAGAGCAGCGAUAGCCAAGCACAUCUUGACCACACUGCAGCCCGGAGCUCCUUGGCCCCCAGGCGACCACAGACCAGUCUAAGCGAAUACUCUGGAUACGAUCACUCAGGGAAUAGCACAAGACCUAACAUCUCAAGACCUUCUACUGUACGCCCUGGAUCGAGACCUGGUACUGCAUCUGGAAGGAAGUCUUGCAAUGGAACCGCCUCAUCAAUACUAGGGUUCAGCGAAGCGCAGACCAUUGUGUGCGCAGUGAGCGAGGCUCGUGGAGUUUCUCCUGCAGUCGGAAUCGCAUUUGUUAAUGUUUCUCUUGGGGAGGCUGUCAUCAGUCAAAUAUGUGACAAUCAAUCAUAUGUCAAAACAAUUCACAAGAUCCAGCUGUCUGCACCCUCACGCAUUCUCUUCAUGACUACUGCCUGUCCACCAAACAACCCCAGCACCCUCUUUUCUCUUAUACAAGACCUCAUUCCUGAAACUCAAAUUGACGCGAUGGAACGGUCAGCAUGGUCUGAGACAGAAGGGCUGGAGUAUAUACACAACCUAGCUUUCAAGGAUGACAUCAAACCUUUGAAGGUGGCUACACAGGGCAAGUUCUAUGCCAUUAGCUCUCUUGCCGCUGCAAUGAAGUAUAUUCAACAACACUUCUCAAUCAACUUCGUGCCGCACUCGCUCCGCAUCCAAUACCGACCUUCAGAAGAUACCAUGAUGAUUGACAUUUCGGCUAUUCAAUCGCUUGAGAUCAUGCAGAAUCUACGAAACUCAAAGUCUAAAGAUUCUCUCUUCGGCCUACUGAACCAUACAUGCACCCCGAUGGGUUCAAGGAUGCUUCGUAGCAAUAUGCUUCAGCCACCCACUCGCCCAGAUCUCUUCAUCACACCUCGGUAUGAUGCGUUGGACGAGUUGACCACUAAUGAAGAAAUGUUCUUGGAGAUUCAAGAACAGAUCAACCAGGUCCUCAUGAUCAAGAGCUUUCUGGAGUCAAUCCCCGAACUUCACACGGCGUUGGGUCCUGCCAACAGCGUGUUACUAACCAAGGUCCGAGAGCUGUGUCGCCCUGAAAUCACAAGCCACAGUCUCAAUACGAUCCGACAGACAAUUGAAGCGGAUGUUACUUACAUGAAGUCUGCGCUAGAUCUUCGAAAUCAGAGAACCUUUGCUGUCAAAGCGGGCAUCAACGGAAUGCUUGAUGUUGCUCGCCAGACAUACAAAGAGCUCACCGAAGAUAUCCACCAGCACAUCGAUGUUUUGAAUGAGGUACACGGACUUGAUGCUAACCUCCGAUACGAUAAUGGGCGCAAGUAUUGGCUAAGGCUGCGAGCGGCAGACUUCGAUGACCGUCCCCUUCCGGAUCUGUUGAUCAAUGUGGUGCGAAAGAAGGACAAGAUUGAAUGCCAGACACUUGACUUGGUCAAGCUCAAUCUGAGGUUGUCCGAUACCUCCAAUGAGGUUGUCAUUCGAAGCGACAAGGUUGUACAAGACUUGCUGAAAGAACUACGUUCUGAUGUCCCACACUUGUUCCGCGUCUGCGAAUCGGUUGCGCUUGUCGACAUGAUCUCUUCAUUUGCGCAGCUUGCAACUACCCGGGACUACGUGAAGCCAGAUCUCAGCACGACGCUCGCAUUGAAAGCAGCGAGACACCCUGUCCUCGAUAAAACCAUGAACGGCAGCUUUGUACCCAAUGAUUAUUACUCCACAGAGCAAUAUUGCUUCCACAUCGUGACGGGCUGUAAUAUGAGUGGGAAAAGCACCUACAUACGGGCGGUCGCAUUGCUUCAGAUCAUGGCGCAAAUCGGAUCGUUUGUGCCUGCCGAGUAUGCCGCUUUCUCCAUCAUCCACAGCAUAUUUGCUCGAGUUUCGCUUGACGACAACAUUGAGAGUAACCUUUCGACCUUUUCUGUUGAAAUGCGAGAAAUGUCCUUCAUCCUGAGGAACAUUGACGAUAAGAGUCUCGCUGUGAUUGACGAGCUGGGCCGGGCCACAAGCAACCGAGAUGGCCUAGCAAUUGCGAUUGCAAUGUCUGAAGCAUUGAUUCAAAGCAGAGCAUCUGUCUGGUUUGCGACCCACUACAUUGAUCUAACAAAGGUUCUUGCGGAUCGCCCGGGUAUUCUCAACCUGCACCUCGCGGCCACUACCUCUACAACUGAAGAUGGGCUGCCGCAUAUCACAAUGCUUUACAAGGCGACCUCUGGUGCCACCAGGGGCGAAGAACACUACGGCAUCAAUUUGGCACGUGCGAUCGGGCUUCCUCAGUCCUUCAUUGACAAAGCCGAAGAGGUGGCCAAGGACAUCAGGCGAAGACGAGAAACGACCAAGCGUAGCUCAGAGUCAACUCGGCUUGUAGCUCGUCGAAAGCUCAUUCUCAACUUACAGGAUGCAUUGAGACGGGCCAAGGAUUCUGGAAGCAAGGAGGCGCUUCCAGGUUACUUACAGCUUUUACAAGAAGAUUUUGUUGCCCGCAUGGAGGAAGUUGACAACAUGUAA